CGAUUGUGUUGCUUUUGCGUGGUUGCUAUGAUUUUUCAUAUUCUAUGGGUAUUAUCAGUGUCGAAUUUGAUAUUAUAGUUCUUAUUUGACAUAUCAUACAUUAUGUCAGCUAGCUUUGGCCUUUGGGUGUCAAUUGUCAAUGAAUUAGAGAAUCGUAAAGCCGGAUUGUUGAUUUUUAUCAAUAGUGAUUAAUAAUACUUUAGAAUUAUAUGCUACAGUUAAUACCUAAUAUUGGCACAAAUUUGAUUUUCCAAAUGUAAUAAGCAUUUAAAUAAUGGCUUUAGUCUUAAAAUAUGUGGUGGCUGUACUAGUGAGGUAUUGGCUUAUUCAUUCAGAUUAUUGGCAAACACUAGCAAACAGAGUUGAAAUAGCCACACCUCUAAACUCAUGGAAAAGGCUAAUUGAAGGCAUUUACUUAUUUGAACAUAACAUAGAUCCCUAUGAUGGCGACUCCUUUCAUGAAUCCCCGUUAUUACUCAUAUCCUUCUACAGUCUGUUAAAGUAUGCACCAUACCUAUUACCAGGAGUUUUUACAUUAAUUGAUAUAUUAACAGCAUACUUUUUGUAUAAAACAGCAAAGAUAUUUGUCAGAAUUCUGAAGAGAAAUCAGGAAAAUAAUAUAGAAGUAAUCUCGGAUGAGUCAAAGGCAAUGAUCUUGACAAAUUUACAGUUGGAAGAAGUUCCAGAAUAUGUUUUGUCAGUGUAUUUAUUUAAUCCAUAUUCAGUCCUAAAUUGUGUUGGAAUGACAACUACUGUAGUCCAGAACUUAUUAUUAGCUGUCUCAUUGUGGGGAUCUGUUGCCGGCCAUAGAUUAGUGGCAUGUAUUUUCAUUGCUCUAGCUACACAUCAAGCUCUCUAUCCUAUAACUUUGAUUGUGCCUAUAUCAAUAUUACUAGCAGAUGUCAACAAAGGUUGCAAGAAGUGCUCAUACAUAAGAACUCUCUUAGUAUUUAUAUUGUGUUGGGGUUUUUUGAUUUUCAUAUCUGCGUAUAUAAUGAAUGGUUCAUAUUCUUAUAUCUAUAAUACAUAUGGGUUUAUACUAACUGUUCCGGAUCUCAAACCAAACAUAGGAUUAUUCUGGUAUUUUUUCACUGAAAUGUUUGAACACUUCAGAUUACUUUUUGUAUGUGCAUUUCAAAUAAAUGCACUGAUUUUGUAUGUAGUGCCAUUGACAUUAAGGUUUAAGAAUGAACCUAUUUUAUUAGCAACAGUCCUUAUUGCUCUGUCAACAAUAUUUAGAUCAUAUCCAUGUGUGGGUGAUGUUGGUUUCUACUUAGCUCUUUUACCAAUGUGGAAGCAUUUAUUUACUUUUAUGCAACAGAAGUUUAUUGCUGGUUGUGCAUUUAUUAUAACAUCAGUAUUAGGACCAACAGUUUGGCAUUUAUGGAUAUAUUCUGGAUCAGCUAAUGCAAACUUCUUUUUUGGUGUAACACUAUCAUUUGCAACUGCACAAAUAUUUCUCAUAACAGACUUGAUGUUUGCAUACUUAAAAAGAGAAUUUACACUUAAACAUGGCUCAUCUCGUCAAGUAGAUGGUAAACCGGCGAAGUUGGUACUAAGAUAAAGAUAAGCCAACUUUUUUCAAAUACUAAUUUUACACUGAGCUUUCAAUUUUUAAAAUUGUUCAAAAUUAGUGUUUCAAAUAAGUUAUGGAAUAAAAUGCCAUUAAGUUAUGAUGAGGGCUACAGUGCUGAUUUUAAAAAUAACUUGAAAAUGUAGCUAUAAUAGUGUGUAAAAUAUACUUAGAAGAAAUUGAAUGUUCAAGAUAGAUUUGUAUGCCUGAUAAUUUCUUAGUGAAUAUCAUUGAACUGUAUUAUUUACUUGUUGUCGAUUUACAGCAAUUUGCAUUUUAAAAAUAAAGCAAAAUAACUGUAAGGAUUUUUUAUGUUCAAUAGUACAAUAACUAUUACUCAAUUAUAUUGUCAUGUAAGAUGACCGUUUUAACUUAUGUUUCAUAUAUUUUCAUUAUGUUAUUAAUUUUUUCAUUUAGGCGUUUUUUUAUCAAAAUGUGAUUUAAAAUUCCUACAAGUGAUCACCGUAUGUAAAUUCGGUUGUACCAUUUCUUAAAUCAGUUGAAGAAACGAAUUUAUAAUUUUUUAUGUAACUAAUUUAACAAAGCGCCAUCUGUUGUUCGCAAUGUCCUCUAAAGUGAAUAACUUCGUUAACCAAUCGAAAAAAGAUAAUAAUUUACAGUUUGUAUUUCUAUAACGAUUUUCAAAAUUCCUUGUUGCCAUUUUCAAGGAAUUGAUUAAGUAAUGUGUAUUAAAAAACUACAGUACAUUCCGCAAUGAACAAAUAUUUUUAAUGUAUUAAAGUAAUAGUUAAAAUAUAUGAGAUUAGUUUUAAAACU